CGCACUUCCACAAUUGAUUAUUUUUAUACAAACUAUACAUAUUGUUGAAAGAGGCCGGCGGCCGUACGGAAUGAGCACAUCCAGCAGAGACGGUGCCAACGCGGCGCCGCCACCACUAAACCACCUUCGCGUGUUGUCAACCAAUCUCAUCAACAGACUCCACAUGCUCCUCAACGGGAUAGCCAUAACGGCCAUCUUGUUCUACCGGUUCACCGGCGCCGGAAUAAAGAUGAUCGAACGGGAAACACCUCUUUUCGGUGUACCGCUACCGUAUAUGAUCAUCACCAUCUCGGAGGUAAUCCUCGCGUUCCUCUGGGUUCUGCACCAAGCCUACAGAUGGAGGCCGGUCAAACGCACGGUGUUCCCGGAGAGGUUGCCGGCAGCGGAGGAGGCGCUCCCGGGGGUGGACGUUUUUGUGUGCACGGCGGACCCGGGGAAAGAGCCGGCGUUGGGGGUGAUGAACACGGUUAUAUCGGCGAUGUCUCUGGACUACCCCGGUAACAAGCUUGCCGUGUAUAUCUCCGAUGACGGCGGGUGUGAUGGGACGUUGAAUGCCGUCCGGGAAGCGUGGAAGUUCUCCAGGUUUUGGGUUCCUUUCUGUCGAAAAUAUAAACUCAAAGUGAGGUGUCCUGAAGUUUAUUUUUCUACGGCGGUUGCUCAAGGCGGUGAAGAUGACAGCAAUGAGUUCCAUACUCAUAGGAGGAUAGUCAAGGAGAGGUACGGUGAAUUUGAGGAAGCUUUGGCGAAGAAUACGUCAAAAUCUGUUAGCAGGGAUCAUCCGCCUACCAUCCAGGUAAUGAACGAUGGCAGUAAUAAGGACAAUGAGAUGCCUCUUCUGGUGUACGUUUCUCGGGAGAAAAGGCCCGGUCAACCCCACCAUUUCAAAGGCGGAGCCCUCAAUGUUCUACUCCGAGUAUCAGCAGCAAUCAGCAAUGCACCAUACUUCUUGGUGUUGGAUUGUGACAUGUAUUGCUACGAUCCUUCGUCUGUUCGCCAAGCUAUGUGCUUUUAUCUUGAUCCUAAAAUCUCUCAGCAAUUGGCAUGGGUUCAAUUUCCUCAAAAAUUCCGAAAUACAAGUGAAUAUGACAUCUAUGAUGGUCGAUUGAACCCCAUUUGGAGAGAAGGGCAAGGUUUUGAUGGGAUUAGAGGACCUCCCAUAUACGGUUGCAAUUUUUUCAUGACAAGGGAAGCAAUCUAUGGAACUAGGAACAUUUCGAAGGGCGCUGAUCUCAACCAGCUGAAGAAGCUAUUUGGCUCUAGCAAUGAGAUGAUUGAAUCUAUUAAUAACAUUCACACACAAAAGUUGCUUGAGAAAGGUACAAAGCCAUACGAUGCAUUGCAGAAGGAGCUUCAAUUGCUAGCCUCUUGUGCUUAUGACAGUGGCACACAAUGGGGAAAAGAGGUGGGCUAUCGGUAUUUCACGGUCGUGGAAGACUCUAUAACAGGACUUGAAUUGCACUGCAGUGGGUGGAAGUCGGUAUUACUUGACCCUUCCAAACCAUGUUUCUUAGGCACAUCCACUACCAACCUGAAUGAUAUGUUGGCUCAACAAACACGUUGGUCUUUUGGAUUAAUGCAAAUUGGUCUCUCACGGUUUAUGCCUCUGGUAUAUGGCCCGUUGAGAAUGUCAAUCAUUCAAAGUAUGUGUUAUGGUGCACUUGUUCUUGAUUGUCUCUACACCAUCCCCUUCUAUGGUUUAGCCAUACUUCCUCCUAUUUGUAUGCUAUAUGGCAUUCCCUUAUAUCCCAAGGUUUCGAAUCCAUUCUUCUAUGCAUUUGCCUAUGCAUUUCUCUCAUCACAACUCAAGCAUGUGCAAGAAGUCUUUGCCUAUGGAGAUCCUCAUCCGUUUAGGAAUGCAUUGUAUGAACUGAGGGCUUGGAUGAUGAAGUCGGGAGGAUGCUACUUCUAUGCACUUAUCAAUUCUAUAUUUAACAAAGUUGGAUUGCAUAAAGCAAAUUUCUCCCUCACAAACAAGGCGGAUGAUGAUGAACAUGUGAAGUUUUAUGAGGCGGGCAUAUACGACUUUCGAACAUCACCCAUGUUUCUUGUCCCAUUGUGCAGCAUCUACAUUCUUAAUAUGGCAUGUUUCUUCAUUGGAAUUGCAAGAAGGACAUUUCAAGCGGAUUACGAGUCGCUGCUCGCCCAAGCUGUUCUUUCAUUCUUUGGUAUAGUUGUCAACUACCAUUUGCUUGAAGGUAUGUUAUGGAGGAAGGACAAUGGAUGUAUCUCUCCACAUGUCUCUCAGCUCGCUCUUAUAAUAUCUGGAACCAUCUUUAGUUGUGGAACACUUAUUGUCAAAUAUUAAUUGAUUGAAAAUUACUAGUUCCAUAUUAUUAAUGUAAGAGUGAACGCCAUC